AUGUCAGAUGCUUUAGGAUUUUUCUCGGCAUUUGGGAGAGCUCGUUGUAGUGGUAGCGGUUGCGACAACGAAGGUGUUGUAGUGUGUGCGGCAGCGGCAUUUGGGAGAGCCCGUCGUAGUGGUGGCGGUUGCGACAACGGGGGUGUUGUAGUGUGUGAGGCAGAGGCAUUUAGGAGAGCUCGUGGUAGUGGUGGCGGCUGCGACAACGAAGGUGUUGUAGUGUGUGAGGCAGCGGCAUUUGGGAGAGCUCGUGGUAGUGGUAGCGGUUGCGACAACGAAGGUGUUGUAGUGUGUGAGGCAGCGGCAUUUGGGAGAGCCCGUCGUAGUGGUGGCGGCUGCGACAACGGGGGUGUUGUAGUGUGUGAGGCAGCGGUAUUUGGGAGAGCCCGUCGUAGUGGUGGCGGCUGCGACAACGGGGGUGUUGUAGUGGGUGAGGCAGCGGCAUUUGGGAGAGCCCGUCGUAGUGGUUGCGGCUGCGACAACGGGGGUGUUGUAGUGUGUGAGGCAGCGGCAUUUAGGAGAGCUCGUGGUAGUGGUGGCGGUUGCGACAACGAAGGUGUUGUAGUGUGUGAGGCAGCGGCAUUUGGGAGAGCCCGUCGUAGUGGUGGCGGCUGCGACAACGGGGGUGUUGUAGUGUGUGAGGCAGCGGCAUUUGGGAGAGCCCGUCGUAGUGGUGGCGGCUGCGACAACGGGGGUGUUGUAGUGUGUGAGGCAGCGGCAUUUGGGAGAGCCCGUCGUAGUGAUGGAGUUGUUGUAGCGGUAUUGGAGGUGUUGUAG